UGGGACCUCGGGCUCAGCUACGACUCGGACGAGACCGUCCUCUUCAAGUACUGCAGUGGGACGUGUCCCCGGGUUCGCUCCAACCACAACCUCACUAACCUGCUGCUCAGUGGGGUGCUGCCCCACCCAGCACCCGGGGAGCAGUGGCACAACACGCCCUGCUGCAGGCCCACCCACCACGAGGACGUGGCCUUCCUGGACAAUUCGCACCGCUGGCAAAAGGUGGAGAAGCUGUCGGCCGCCGGCUGUAGCUGUGUGGGUUAG